AUGUCGGCUCAAUUCGUCAAGGCCGCCAAGCGCGUCACCCACGAGCUCCAGGGAAUCGUGGUAUCGUCAGGCCUCAUGGACAAGACUGUCAAGGUCCGCGUAGGGGGCCAGAAAUGGAACAAGGUCGUCAACAAGACCUUUUCGAAUCCCAAAAACUACCUCGUUCACGACCCCAAGUCAUCACUACGCACCGGCGAUAUCGUCGCCAUUGCGCCGGGCUGGAGAACAUCGCGCCACAAGCGACACGUCGUCAAGCACAUUAUUGCCCCGUACGCCGAACCGAUAGACAAGCGCCCGGCCGUCCCGACGGCAGAAGAGAGAAUCGCUGAACAGGUCGAGAAGCGAGCAGCCAAGGAGCAGCGUCGAAGCGCUCGAAGCGCUGCGCCAGAGGCAUAG